AAACAGCAAUUUGACCGUUACUCUCUCUCUCAUCAAAACUUCCUCUGCUACUGCUACUACUACUACUACUUCCAAGUCUUAUUGUCUUGAGUGUUGAUCAUCUCUUCCCAACUCUCUUCAUUUCCUCUCUCUUCGACUCGAUUCGACGAAGAUGGCGGUGGCGUACGCCUUCUCCAAAGAAGACAUGGCAGUGGAUCAAACCCUUGGCUACCCAAGAUCAUAUGCCAAACUUUGCAAAGAUACAAGUCUUAGUCCUUACUGUCAUGGACCUCCUUUUACUUUUACUCCUUAUACUCUACAUUCCCAAGAGGCAUCAAGGGCAGAAGACUUAGAUGACAUGUUCCCUAUAAUCAACACACAAGCAAAGCCAACAGCCAACACCCGAAUGUUUGUUAGUAUCAUAUGGAAGCAACUCAACCACCUUGGAAAUGCUGGUUUUGAUCCGGCAAUGUUUCGUGUUGAUCCUUAUGGGAAUGUCCUCUACCUUCAUGCUGAUUCUGCCUCUCCUCUCGCUUGGGAUAUCGAUCACUGGUUCCCUUGUUCAAGGGGAGGAUUGACUGUUCCAAGCAAUCUAAGGAUACUUCAGUGGCAAGUGUGCAAGAGGAAACACAACCAACUGGAAUUUUUAGUCCCUUGGUGGGAUUUACAAUUGGGCAUUUCUAUAAACCAAUUCAUAUCCAUUUUUGCUGCUUCAAAUUCUGAUUUCAGGCAUAGGGCAUUUAGGAUGUUGUUUGCAUCAGGUGAGAGUGAAGAACUGAAUGAUAUGCAAACUGUGGACUCCCAUAAUUUUCCUCAGCCUUUUAUGGAGGCACAAGAGCAACUAGGUCUAGCACUUGCUGCUGUUGUUCGUACUCGCAAAGAUUAUAGUGAUUCAACAUUGAGAUCACUGGAUAUCAAUAGACAAACAAGACCAACAACACCUAUGAUAGCUUCUUCAAGGAAAAUGAAGAAUGGCGCAUUGAAGGAAAAUGAGAUGCCUGACAUGGUUACCAACCCAUAUCAGGCCUUAGUUAUGGCAAGAGAUUCAUUGAAGCAGAGAGAACAAACUAAUAAGAAGAAGGCAGAAAUUCAAAGGUUGGAUGAUGAAGUGAAUGAAUUGAAGCUAAAGAAUGAUGAAGAAAAGCUAACCAUUCAAGAACUUGAAUUAGCAUUGAUGAAAAGGAGAAGACGGGCUGAAAAAUGUCGUAGAGUAGCUGAGGCUCAGUCUUCAUACAAAUCAAUGCUGGAGAAAAUGAUCAGAAAUGCCAUGCAUCAGAGUGUGGUUUAUAAAGAACAAGUGAGACAAAAUCAGGCUGCAACAAACACUCUCAUGGCAAGACUUGAAGCACAAAUAGCAAUAUGCAGUUCGGCUGAAAAACAACUUGCCGAAAAGUUCAAGCAAAGAGAUGAACUCGAGAAACACUUAAGGCCGGAGUGGGAACAAGCAAGGAAGAGAUCAAGGUUUGAAGAUGAUGAUGUCUUUGCCGAAGAGAAAGAAGACCGGACAUUAAUUUACUUGCCAAGAAUAAAGAGUAGAGCAACACCUUUACACAAAGAACUAAGGAAGUUUUUAGAAGAGGAACACAAGUUAUCAGAAGAUGCUCUUUCCUUCAUUGAAGAAGAAAAAAUGGGAGAAGAAGAAAUAGAGGAGCUACCAAGACUUACACUAGGUCCGGAAAUGGAAGAGGAAACAACACAUAAUGAGGAAAAUCUCAGUCUCAAAUUUUCAUUUGCUGAAGAAACAGAAGUAGAGGAAGAUGAGGAAUUGAGAAAGGAGAGAGGGAAAGGUAAUGUAGAGAAAUGGUUGCAUAUGCUGCUUGAAGAUACAGGAGCUCAAGAACCCGAAACUAGCAAUAAAUCUAACAAUGCAGGAGCUCAAGAACCUGAAACUAGCAAUAAAACUGAUGAGAUUAUUAAAAAGCUCAAUGAAAAGUACCCACAAAAGGAGAUAAAAGUCCUGAAAUUUCCAGUUUCUGAUGAAAAGAAUAUGAAUGAAGAAAUUGUAGAGGUUGAACCCAAAAAGGCAAGGUCAAUGAGUACACCUAGGAGAUCGAUUUCAUCUGAGGCAAGAAACAAAGAGAAAAAGAAUGCCGAGAUUAUCACAACUGAAGAUAAAAAACCAAGGUCAAUGAGCACUCCAAGGAGAUCCAUUUCAUCUGAGACUGAUGUUAAUGGGAAAGGAAGCGAACCAAAGAGAAGUUUUGGAGGAGGGAAAGAUAAAGGGAUUGCAAGGACCGAAAGUGCAAGGUUCUUUAGGCCAACCCCGUCUUCUCCAUCUAAGAUUUUGAAUAUGAGAAAGGGGGUUGAUUGCAUAAGGAAGAAGCCUCUUGUAAUUGAUGAUGAUGAAGAUGACUAUUAUGGAGACGGGAAUCAUCAAGCUGGUAACAACUUCCUUAAAUCAUCCAUCAAAUCCAUCAAGAAGGCUGUGAAGAUCUAAAAGGUUUAAAUUCUGUAAUGUAUAGUAAAAAUUCUCUUUAUCAUGUGUUCUUUAAUCUUUACCAUUCUUUUGUUUGUUGAGGUUGAUAUGUUUUCAUUUGAAGCUGAAUAUGAGUGUGACUGUGUGAAUGUAUUCCUUCAUCAGUUUGUCUUUCAGACUGAUAUAUAAAAUAACAGCUUGUUGUUAUAAACAUGUAAAGUAA